AGGAGCGCGACCACAGAUCCCCGACCGCGCGCGGGUCGCCGUUGCGCGCCGCGCCGCCGCGGCCGACAGCAAAAAAGCAGCCAGCCGGUCAUGGCAUCCCUGCCCGCGCGCCUCGCGGCGCGCUACGAGACGUGCCUCGUCGGCUGGCCCGUGCCGACGAAGAUGGCCACGGGCGCGUGCCUCUGGGGCCUCGGCGACGUCGUCGCCCAGUCCGCGACGCGCAAGGGCGACGACGCGGUCGACGCGCCGCGGCUCGCGCGGGCCGUGACCUUCGGGUGCGUCAUCCACGCGCCGAUCGCGCACGUGCACUACGAGUUCCUCGAGUCCUUCGUGCAGCGGCUCAAGGUGCCGAGCGGCCGCGUGCCCCUCGUCAAGCUCGUCAUGGAGCAGUUCGUCUACUGGGGCUACUUCUCGAACGCGCUCUACCACUUCGCCAUGGCGACGAUGGAGGGCGAAACGACGAGCGCCGCGUGCGACCGCGUCCGCGACCGGCUCUGGCCGACCAUGGUCGCGCAGUGGUCCUUCUGGAUCCCCGUCCAGUACCUCAACUUCCGCUUCGCGCCCGUGCGCCACCAGCUCAACGUCGUCCUCGCGACGUCCGUCGUCUGGACCGCGUUCCUCUCCUACACGUUCCCGCAGAAGGAGGAGGCGCCGUCCGAGGAGCUGUAGAAAGAAAAUC